AUGAAAUGCAACACCUGUUGGACCCGCAGAGUUACCUGUAUCCGUCAAGAUCCGACCAAGGCCUGCGACCUCUGUUGCCAACUGAAGAAGAAGUGCUCUCUUCUUCCGUCCAAUCCAGAAAAUCCAAGAAAACAAUCCGCCGCUAACGAAGGGCCUAGCCGUCCAUCAAAAACCCAAAAUACAGACCUUCCACCCUCAUCUCCACUUUUGACUCCAUCAAAAUCAUCUACGCCCGUGCUCGGAACCCCUCCUCCUCGAGAGAAAUCCAGCCGAACCCGUUGUUCCCCACAUAUACCUCCGUCACCUCCUCGACAACAAUCACCAUCUCCUCAAGUCUCCGAUCGCACUUGCAACAUGCUGACACCAAAGCCCGUCCGUAGCCACUAUGCUACCUCCGCAGCUUGGGCCAACUCCAUGCGUCAUUGGAGCCAGAAACACAACCUAUGUGAGCCUCUAGUUGAUGAACGCUUUGCAGAACGCCUCGCCACCGGUCUUUGCACUCAAGAACAACGCCAGAAAACCGCCCAUCCGCCUCCUCAAGAGGCAUCUCAUCACGCUCCGCCUUCUCAAAAGGCGCCGUAUCAGUCGCAGCCGCAAACAACGUGCCGCCAAACUCCUCCAUCUCCGAUCUCUCGUCGCCAGCGCCAUAUCUCAACAGACGAUUCUCCGCCCUGUUCUUUGGCUCCAAAUCAAAACCACCCGUCUGUUCCAUCCAAACACGCUCCCAACACCGCACCGGCUGCCAAAGGGUCCUCUACACACGCAAAUUCACCGGAAGGGACCAACGUCCACAAUUCUGACUCCGCUCCUCAAGACGCCACUGAGCCACCUUGUUCUACAAACUCCCCCAACGCCACUCCGCCACUACCUAACAAUCCUUGCCUCGCCGCCAACCCCAACUUCCUCAGGGCCUACAAAGAAAGUGUUGUUACCAAGCGCAUCAAAGAACUCCAUCAACACAUUGAGUUUCUGCUUACUCGCUCCAAUCUUCCGCCGCCGGACCGUGUUUGCUACUUCACCGGUAUCCUCUGCUCAGAUCAAGUUUUCCGCACACGCGCCAUUGAUGUUCUCCCCAUUCAGCCACUAGAUCCCGCCAAUGGCACUCCUCAAGAUCACGCCUGCCACGGUACUAGUUUGUAG